GGCACUCCAACCACCGCCGCGUCCGCGACGAUCGCCGGCCCGGCCAUGGCGGCAGAGGAAGAAGAGGGCGAUGUGGAGUGGGUGGUGGACACCAUAGCUGGUUUCUUGCGGGGACCAGCCUGGUCCAUCCCCAUUCUGGAGUUCAUGGAGCAGAAAUGCGAAGUUUUUGAUGAUGAAGAAGAAAGCAAGUUGUCUUACACAGAAAUUUACCAGGAAUACCAAGCUCUGGUUGAAAAAUUACUAGAAGACUAUCUUAAGGAAGUUGGAAUCAAUGAGGAGAAAUUUCAAGAAGCUUUUUCAUCUCCUCUUGCAAAGACACACACUUCACAGGCCAUUUUGCAAACAGUACUGGCAGCAGAAGAUUUUAGACUGUUUAAAAAAAUGAUGGUACAGAAAAAUAUUGAAAUGCAGUUGCAAGCUAUUAGAAUCAUUAAAGAAAGAAAUGGUGUAUUGCCUGAUUGUUUGACAGAGGGUUCUGAUGUAUUCAGUGAAAUUGAACAAGAAGAAAUGAAAAUACUGAGGGAGGUUCUAAGGAAAUCAAAGGAAGAAUAUGAAAUAGAGCAAGAAAGGAAAAGGAAUGAAGAAGCACAUGCGAGAUGUAAAUCACCAGAUGUUACCUACAGUUUUCCAGGAGAUCUGAGAGAAGCUGGAAAAGUCAAGGAAGCCACUGAGACAGCUGAUGCUUCUGGAGAAACUACAAAACUUCCAUUAGAGCAACCUUGGAAACCUGUGAGGGAAGACUUAGAACCAUUACGCCCAUUAAGGAAAGGACCAGAAAACUUACCUCAUCUGUCUUGCACCAAAGGGAAAGAGGACACUAAGAAAAGGUCAGCUGGAAAGUGUUCAGAAAACACAGCACAAAAAGCUGGGACAGGAGGACCGAAUUUAUCAGAAGUUGAAGAACAGCAGCUGAAGCAACGAGAGGAUUACCUAAAGAAAAAACGAGAUAUGCUGAUGGCUACAAAGAAGGAGUCGAGAAGUAACGUACUGUUACCAGCAGACAUGGAGCAGAAAGAGGAGGAAUCAUUUCCUAAAGAGGAAAUGUCAGAGGAGAAGCAAAGAUUGCUACAGAAGAGAAAAAUGCUUGCAGAAAAACUGAAAGAAGAAGUUAUUAACAAGCGGUAGUUUCAAGCAGCUCAUUACAGACCCUAAGAACACAGAAUCAUAGAACUGUUUUGGCUGGAGAAGACCUUUAAGGUCAUCAAGUCCAACCAUUCUCUAACUCUACCAAGUCUGGUGCUAAACUCUCCCUCAGCACCAUAUCUAAACAUCUUUCAAAGACCUCCAAGGAUGUGGAUUCAACCAGCUCCCUAGGGAGCCUGCUCCAGUCUUUGAGAACCCUUUCAGUCAAGAAGUUUCUUCUAAUACCCAACAUAAACCUCUCCCAUGGUGCAACUUGAGGCCAUUUACUCUUGUCCUAUCACUUGUUACUGGAGAGAAGAGACCAACACUCACCGCACUCCAGCCUCCUUUCAGGAAGUUACAGAGGGUGAGAAGGUCUCCCCCUCAGCCUCCUUUAGUCCAGACUAAACAACCCCAGUUCUCUCAGCCAGUUCUCAGAAGACUUGUACUCCAGACCCUUCACCAGCUUCACUGCUCUUCUCUGGACCUGCUCCAGCACCGCAAUGUCUUUCUUGGAGUGAUGGCCCCAAAACUGAAUGCAGUGCUCAAGGUGUGGCCCUUACCAGCGCCGAGUACAGGGGGACAAUCACUUCUCUGGGCUUGCUGAUCACAUUGGUCCUGAUACAGGCAAGGAUGCUGUUGGCCUUCUUGGGCACACAGUGGCUUGUGUUCAGCCAACUGUCCAUUAGCACCUCCAGGUCUUUCUUUGCUGGGCAGUUUUCCAGCCACUCAAGCCUGUAGCAUUGCAUGGGGUUGUGACCCAAAUGCAGGACCCAGCUUUACUGAAGUCCAACUAAACAACAUCCACAGUUCCUUCCCUCAUCCAGUAAGUGGGUCACUUGUCAUAGGAGGUCAGGAA